AUGUCUUACGAGGCGGGAAACACUUGCGGCCUUGAGAAGCAAUUGCUCCAUGUGGUGAAUAUCCUUCAUGGCUAUGGCCCUACCACUGGCAAUGCAAUCGCGUCGCACAUGGGCGUUCGCUGUCUCAGCUCCACCGUCUCCAGCCUGAUAGACCAACUGUUCCAGGCCGCUGCGGUCAAGUCUAAUCUGAAGACUGUACACACGGAUCUAGGCGGGAAAACUCCUGCCAUUGUCUUCGACGAUGCGAACCUCGAAUCCGCCGCUGAGCAGACGCAGUUUAAGGUGCAAUAUCCGUCUGAUACGGCAACGACUCAGGGUUCGCAAGCCGAUAAAUUUCAGUACGAGCGGGUCAUGAAAUACCUCACCACGGGCGAGAAGGAGGGCAAGCUAACUUUCGGUGACCAAGUAAUUGGCCCUGUUGUAGUGAUCAGCAAGUUUCAAGACGAAGGGGAAGUCAUUCGGAAGGCCGAUGAUAGUGAAUAUGGCUUGUAUGCUUCGGUCUUUACCAAGGAUACUGACCGGGCCAUACGAGUAUCGAAGUUGCAUGAGGCCGGAACUGUUGAUAUGCCAUUUGGAGGCUCCAAGGGCAGUGGUCUUGGUUGCGAAGGCUAUUUGCGCAGUCUGGAUAGCUAUCUGGAAAUGAAAGCUAUCCUGAGUAAGACUGUAUAG